UCGUGUCCUCCAAGAGUGACAGGAUUGUGGAGUAGUUUUCUUGCGCGUGGGCGGUAUGCGUGUGAUGCAGGACAGAAGUGUGACGGUGCAGGUGAAGGCGUUCUCGUGCGUGAACACGCCGUCGGCACCGGCCACUGGGGACGGGAAGCGGAGCAGAAGCGAAGAGGAGUUGUUUGUGCUUCCAGCUAGCAGCGUGUGUCGGGAACCCAAGGCAAUGCACGUGUCGGGCUUUGCGGGGGUCGUGCGUUCCGUGUCUCCCGGAGUGACCGGGGUGCUGCCGGGCCAGCGGGUUUUCGGUAUGAUUCCGUUCGACGGCGCCCAGCUUCUGGACUCGCCCGCUGAGAUAACCUUGAGCGAAUCGGAAGUGGCUCCGUUACUGGCCCAGGUUAGUUUUGAUACGGCAGCCAGCGUUGUUCGGAAUGCCGUGAAGGCGUAUACAGCGUUGAGUCAUCUGGGACGGCUCUCGCGGGAUGACACUGUGAUGAUAACUGGUGGGCUGACGCCGUUCGCCAUCACGUGUGCCCAAUUGGCCAAACAAUGGGGUGCUAGGGUUCUGCUGAUGACUCACGAAGGUUCGGGUUCACGAGCUGAGAAAGAGUUGCUUGAGAAGGACGGCGUCCGGGAUUGUUUCGACUGCUUGCUGGAUCUGAGUGCUGGCAUGAAUCUGCUGAACCAGGUGAAGAAGGAGACGGGCGGACAAGGCUUGCAGUUGAUCGUCGACGACUGGAAAGCUGCCUGGAGCCCGUCCUUCCACGACCUGGUUUGCGUGAGCGGCGUCGGUUGUAGGAUCGUCACUACGCGCUUCAACCUUCAGAUCCCUGAGUCCGUGUCACGACAGCUCUUUCUCAAGUGUGCCUCCGUCUCGUACCUCUUCGAGCACGUGUGGACCCUGUCUGGACACGCGAGGGGCAAGUACCUCCACAUGCUCGCCGACAUCGACAGUAAACUCGAGCGGAAGAUCUUGAGUUCCAAUUCGCCGUUGACGAAUGGAAUUUCUCAGCCUUUCUAUUACGGUGCUGUAUUCGGCAACCAUGCCCUGAAACUUGUCGCCUUUGUGUGCCUGCAUGUGGGUGUGUCGAGUUAUGAAAGCGAGGAAUGCUGCACGGAGAUAUUCAACCGUGCCUGCACGCGAGACCCGAGAAAAUCGGGGCCUGUCGAAUGUGCUGGGGAGGACGGGGAAAGCGGUCAAAGUCGCCCGUGA